GAAGUAGCCACAAAAGAUUUCUUUCACAUUUCAAUUUAUACCAUAAUUUUCAUCCCAUUGAUCAAGGACCAUUCACACACUCUUUCCCUCUCAAGUUGCGCUUUGUUCUUAUCUUUAUGAAUAGUAUUUAGAUCCCUUCUCAAAUAGCCCUCACCCACAUAUAUUGCAACCCCAAAAAAAAGCUUUUGCCUUUUUUCUCUAUAGCAUCACUCCCCUUCUCUCCCUUUCUUAUAUUUUCCUCCAACUCACCUCACCACAACACUAUUUAAAUUAUUAUUUUUCAAGAAAACUCAUCUUAGCAAUGAACCAAUGUGUUCCGGGUUGGGAUCUCGAUGAUAGUACCAAGAUCAAUGCAUCUCAAGGCGUCCCUUCAUUAUGAAGUGGCGGAGCUAACAUGGGAAAAUGGGCAACUAGCCAUGCAUGGCCUCGGCGUGCCGCGCGCGGGCGGCACGCUCGAGUCCAUCGUCAGCCAAGCCAGCUUCUACCCGCCGCCGCCAAAUCCCACAGCCGACGCCAAGGACCCGGCGCCGUGGUCCGAGCGCCAGCCCAACCCUGGAGCCAGAACCACAGACGCAAUGGUGCCGUGCCCCAACGGCGUCCGUGGGGAUGCCAGCAGGGCCGGGUGCUCGUCCACGGGCUCCCGCCGCGUUGUGCGCGUGGGCAAGAGUGCCACGUGCGGCGGGAUGUCGAUUGACACAUGGGAGAGGGAAUUCGGUGGGCCCGGGUUCACGUCACCGACGGCGCCGAUGAUUUCGCCGGGAAACACUAUCUCCGGCGGAGAGUACAUGAAGACAUCCGGCGAUGACCGCGGCUGCGUUCCCCUUCACAGCAGCUCUCAGAGAAAUGAGGAAGAGGGCAGAAGAAGAGACAGUGGAAAGUCUUCUUCAGUUUGCACAAAAAGGAAUAGGGCGGCCGCAAUUCAUAACCAAUCCGAACGGAAACGAAGAGACAAAAUCAACCAAAAAAUGAAGACGUUGCAAAAAAUGGUCCCACAUUCCAGCAAGAAUGACAAAGCAUCAAUGUUGGAUGAGGUGAUAGAGUACUUGAAGCAAUUGCAAGCUCAAGUGCACAUGAUGAGUAGGAUGAACAUGAACAUGCCUUCCAUGAUGUUGCCACUAGCUUUGCAGCAGCAGCAGCUUCAAAUGUCGAUGAUGGGAUGCAUGGGCAUGGGGGUCAUGGACAUGAAUACCAUCCCCCGCCCCCCGGUGCCAUGGGACAAUGGAGGGGAUUGUUCGGCACCGCCUCAGCCGACCGCGGCCGCCUCCUCCGUCAUGCCGGAUCCUUUAGCAGCACUUCUUGCAUGCCAAAAUCAACCAAUGACUAUGGAUGCUUAUAGUAGGGUGGCAGCUAUGUACCAGCAAUUGCAGCAACAGUUACCUGGUUCAAAAAAUUAAAAACUUGGGUUUUAUUAAAGAGAACUAUAUAUAGUUUUGAUAAUUUCAUGUAUGCGUUUCAGGGAUUAAUUUGUCCUCUGAUUACUGCAUAAUUUUACGUUCUCCAUUAAUUGGAGCUUUUUCGUGUUACUCCACUAUGUAUAUUAUAUAGUAGAAUAGUUCUUUUAUUCUUUUUUCUAGACCUGGAAUUCAGCGAAUGUGACUCAAUUUCAAUGUCCAUUUAAUAUAAUAAUACUUAUUUACUUCUUUUAUUCUA